AUGGUUAAAUACAAAUUACAUUAUUUUGACGUAGCUGGAAGAGCAGAACCAAUUCGUUUAAUUUUUAAUUAUAAAAAACAACCAUUUGAGGAUUUUCGAUUUAAAAAAGAGGAUUGGCCAACACUUAAAUCGAACUAUAUAUUUGGACAAGUUCCAGUGUUAGAAGUAGAUGGGAAACAAUUAGCACAAACUGGAGCUAUUAUGCAAUUUUUGGGCAAAAAAUUUGAUUUGGGAGGAAAAAAUGAAUGGGAAGAGGCAAAAGCAAUGGAAAUAAGCUGUCUUUGUGAUGAGAUGGGAUAUGCAGUAGAACCUUAUAUUGAUGCAAAAUUUGGAUUUCACGGAGGCGAUGUGGAACAACUUCGAAAAGAUGUUUUUCUGCCUGCUAUUGAAAGAUAUUUUCCUUUAUUUGAAAAACGUUUGGAAGAGUCCAAUUCUGGUUUUAUUUUGCCUUCUGGAUUAAGUUUUGUUGACUUUUCUGUUGCUCAUUUUAUUAAAAUGAUGAUUGAAAUCGAAAACGAAUUUAAAUUUAAAUAUCCAAAAUUGGUUAAUUAUUCUAAUAGUUUUAUUUCUACUAUUGAAGGACACUUUAAAAAAAUUUGAUUUCUAAUUUGUACUAACUUGCUUUUGAGGUCAAAAUUCUUACUAAAUCUCUUCUAAUUACUAACCUCUUCAUUUUUCAAUUUCCCGUCUAUUUUAUAAUUCAAAUUUUAUCAAAAAUUUUUACUUAUGCUUUCAUAUGUAUUCGCUUUAUUCAAUACCCUUCUUC